GUGCUCUGUACUUGUCUUCAACUGAUUCCUCCGACAGGAGAAGAGUCCAUGUCAUUGAGCCCCAUCCUAGCAUCAAACAAGAAUCUCAGAUUCUCAGUCUACAGGAUCCCUCUCUGACAUCCUCUCAAUAAGCGUGUGCGAUGGAGCAAUGCACUGACCACAAUGCGCAGCUUCCGAGGCUCGAGGGCAUCGAGGAAGAAGGCAGCCCGGCCGACGAGUGGGCUCCGACGUCGGUCCGGGCACCGGAGACCCCGACGGAGACGAUGGAGUUCCUAGCAAGGUCCUGGAGCCUGUCAGCAGCGGAGAUCUCCAAGGCCCUCAAGGUCCUCAGCUGCGGCAAGGCCGCUUCCGAUUCUCCUGCUGCGGUCACUACGACGGAGCAGAGGCCAACACCACCACUCGAGAGUGAUCACCGCCAUCAGAGAGCAGACGCGGCGAUGGCUGCCCCGGCGGCGCAGGCCGGUGAAGCCGGCGGCGUGAUGAGCCCGCCCGUCUCUCCCAGGGCCAACCUGGACGUCAAGCUGCUUCGUGCCGCCGCGGGGAGGGGGAAGACGGUGGGCGCGUGGAUCAAGGAGCAGCGGGAGAAGAAGCGCGCCGAGGCCCGGUCCCGCAACGCGCAGGCGUACGCGGCGACGUCCGUGGCAGGGGUGGCCGCGGCGGUUGCGGCGCUGGUGGCCGGCGCGGUCUUCUCGGCGCCCCCGCCGGAGCAGCGGCCCAAGAACGGGGGCGCGAGCAACGCCACCAAGACCGCGGCGGCCGUGGCGUCCGCGGCCGCGCUGGUGGCGUCGCACUGCGUGGAGAUGGCGCAGGCGAUCGGCGCCAGCCACGACCAGAUCCUGGCCGCCAUCCACUCGGCCGUGAACACGCAGACCAGCGGCGACGUCAUGGCGCUCACCGCCGGCGCGGCAACGGCUUUGCGCGGGGCUGCAAUGCUGAGGGCGAGGCUCCACAAGGAGAUCCAGGCAACGGCUUUGCCCGGCGACGGCAGGGAGCCGGAGAGAGACAUCUCGCCGCUGGUCUUCGUGUCCAGGGGCGGCGAGCUUCUCAAACGCACCAGGCAGGGCAUCCUCCACUGGAAGCUCGUCACCGUGUACAUCAACUCCAGCUUCCAGGUGGUUCUCAAGAUGCAGAGUGCACAUAUGGCUGGCACAUUCAUCAAAACAAAAAAGUGUGUGGUCCUCGAUGUUUGCUCUGAGAUACCGGCAUGGGCAGGCAGGGAGCUCGAGGAUGGGAGUCAUAAGCGAGGAUACUUUGGGAUCAGGACGGUUGAAAGGGUGAUCGAGUUCGAGUGCAGGAACAAGUAUGAUCAGCACAAGUGGGUUCAGGGCAUCACGGAGAUGCUGGUCCGCCGUGAUAGCAUGAACAACGCCUUGUAAAUAUCGAUCGACGAGGCAGAAUCGUGGGUUGUGGGAAAUGUUUGUGCUGUAAAUUUGUCUGCUAAUCGCAGAAAUUGGAACUUCAAUCUAGUCUGAUAAAGCCAACUAGCCAAGAAAUCUGGACUGAUUUCUUUUUCUCCUUCAUUUACGGAGAAAACAGCUCGAUUCCGUGUGGAAUUCAGCCUUGCAAACAAAGAAGAUCCAAGUUUUAAC